GCCAGAAACGUGAAAUCGCAAGGAUUGGAGUCCAAGAUGUCGCUGUGGUUCGUACCGCUUAGCAACUUGAAGUCCAGCGUCUUCAAUUCCUGUGGAAUCGAGCUCUGGCAGCACCCGAUUCCGGAGCAGACAACCGACGACAAGUUCGAAGCAGUAGCCAGAAUCCGCCGCGAGGCAUUGGCGGUGGAGACGUCGUCGCAGAAGGAGAUGCAGCGACUGCCGAAGCUACCCGCGACAUCUUUCAUGAACGUAAUGGUGUUGCAGCCAAACACCGUGAGCUGGUUGCGGACGUUGGAGAAUUGGAAGGGUCCAUCGCCAAGGUUGAUGGACUGGUUGAAACAGUAGUCCUAAGUUCUAUUUAUCAA